AUCAACUUUUUUUUUUCUCGAGUCGGUAAGUUAGACAAAUUCACACCGACGAUCUAAGCCCGUUAUGGAUUAGUAUGCUAUGAUAAGAUAUUCGAUAAGAAAAGCAGGGAUUAAGCGAUGGUUGGGGUGCUUACGGUACCUAGGUACUUAUAUGACCAGGGUCUAUUGAGAUACCUCGGCAUCUUUCAGAUGUUAGAGUACCGAGUAGGAAGACGAUUAUUCUUAUUUCUUCAUUUCAAAGACUCUAUUACAUAUUGUAAAGCUACUAUAUACCGAAUUUCAAGACCUAAGAUUCACAUUCCGAUCUCAAAUCAUGUCUCAAUUAAAAGGAUACUCUGAUUUCAAGCACUUCCUCAUCUCGUCACCGUCUGAAUAUGUGGCUCACGUUGAGAUAAACCGGCCAUCUAAGCUAAACGCAUUUAUACCGGAAAUGUGGGAUGAAGUUGGAAAGAUAUUCGCAAAAUUAUCUCAUGAUCCAGAAGUCCGAGCUGUAAUAUUGUCUGCAGCCGGAGACCGGGCUUUCACGGCUGGCCUGGACGUACAAGCAGCAGAUCAAAGCGUUUUAGGGAAUAACGAUGGGCUAGAUGGAGCAAGACAGGCGACAAAGCAUCGGCGUCAAAUCCUAGAGUUCCAAGACUGUAUAGGACAGAUAGAGAAAUGCGAAAAGCCUGUAAUCUGUGUGUUACACGGCAUAUCUAUUGGCUUGGCUAUCGAUAUAGCCUGCUGUACCGACGUGAGGAUCUGCUCCAGAGAUGCCAAGUUCGCAGUAAAGGAAGUAGAUAUCGGUAUGGCCGCAGAUAUCGGCACCCUCAGUAGGCUCCCAAAGAUUGUUUCAAGCUUCUCCUGGGUAAAGGACGUUUGCUUGACGGCUCGGGGUUUCGGCGCUGAUGAAGCUCUCGCUGUUGGGUUCGUGAGCCAAGUUCUUGACACCAAAGCAAAGGCCAUCGAUAUCGCCACAAAGCUCGCAGCCCUCAUAUCUUCAAAAAGCCCUGUAGCUGUGCAAGGCACCAAGGAAUUGUUAAACAUUUCGCGCGACAACACGGUUGCAGAUAGCCUAAAAUACACCAGCAUAUGGAACCAGGCGAUGCUCCAAUCGGACGAUUUCAAAGUGGCGCUGUUAUCUGGAUUGAAAAAGACCAAGCCGAGGUUUGAGAAAUUGUAGUGCACUAUCCGGUAAGACACGCCCGGAGAAUGUAUAAACACGCAGAGAUAAACCCGGCCACGGUAUACUUUGAGGAGACUGGAGGUCCUCUAUCCUUUUCGUGCAUUGUAUUCGGCAAUAAUUAGUGUAUCUAUAGUCUAAAACUGAGCUGCUUCUUCAUUUGACAUCUCGAUCCGAAUCGGAGUCGUCGUCCACGUCGGGCACGUUCUCCUUCAAUCGCUGUGGUGUGUCAGUAGAUAAAUAAGAUGACUUGGGAAGAGCUUGGUCAUACCCUGUCGAGCUCCAUCUUCAACUUGGCCACCAUAUUAUCUUUGACUACAAGAUGAGAUUCAUCAAGGUCCUCGAUUAUAUACUCAUUAUCUUCGCUGUCGAUACUGAUGAUGAUGGAUUUGAUCGAGGGGUCACAUUCGACCAAGGUACCU